CAAGUACCACAUCGGUUAUACAAGAGAAGGAACCCUUGUAUAUUAGUGUCCACCAAUCUAAUUAGUACGAGGCCUUUUGGGGAGGAAACCCAAGAGUAAAACCGUGCGGGUUCGGCCCAAAGCGGACAAUAUCGUACUAAUGGGCUGCCCAGUUAUGACAAGUGGUAUCAGAGCCUGGUUCGGCAGACCCGGGGCGGUGGACGUCAGUUCGGAGGUCCGCUCGCGUCUGGGAAAAUCCUUGUACCGAGAAGCCCAUCGAUACAAGGUGUCUGGCGGAUCAAGAUAAUCGCUGAGGUGAGGACACGAUGUUCGUGGUCCUUGGUUUGAGGGGAGGAUUGUUAUGGGACAAUCCAAGUACCACAUCGGUUAUACAAGGGAAGGAACCCUUGUAUAUUAGUGUCCACCAAUCGCAUUAGUAUGAGGCCUUUUGGGGAGGACACCCAAGAGUAAAACCGUGCGGGCUCGGUACAAAGCGGACAAUAUCGUACUAAUGGGCUGCCCAGUUAUGACAACCGGGAUCAAUUAUAAUGUCGGAAAAUAAGAAUUGCGAUUUCAUCAACCGUUGGAAGGUCAUAAGUUGUACAUGGUAUUUCAUUUGUUUUUUUUAAUACAUCUAAAUGUUUAAGCAAAAUAUUGCAAAGCAUAUUGCAUAUAACAUUUUUUUUCCCGACUAGGUGACAAACGAUUCCAGUGUAGAAUUCAAUUAUCAUAUGUCAUGAUUGAAUGAAGUCGACUUUCAACCUAAUUAUCCAUUUGAUCAAUGUAGAAAAUCCUUGUACCGAGAAGCCCAUCGAUACAAGGUGUCUGGCGGAUCAAGAUAAUCGCUGAGGUGAGGACACGAUGUUCGUGGUCCUUGGCUUGAGGGGAGGAUUGUUAUGGGACAAUCCAAGUACCACAUCGGUUAUACAAGGGAAGGAACCCUUGUAUAUUAGUGUCCACCAAUCGCAUUAGUACGAGGCCUUUUGGGGAGGACACCCAAGAGUAAAACCGUGCGGGCUCGGUCCAAAGCGGACAAUAUCGUACUAAUGGGCUGCCCAGUUAUGACAACCGGGAUCAAUUAUAAUGUCGGAAAAUAAGAAUUGCGAUUUCAUCAACCGUUGGAAGGUCAUAUUCAUGAUUAUCUUAUCUUCGACUUACGAAAAGUUUUCAACCAGCUCGUAAGUUGUACAUGGUAUUUCAUUUGUUUUUUUUAAUACAUCUAAAUGUUUAAGCAAAAUAUUGCAAAGCAUAUUGCAUAUAACAUUUUUUUCCCGACUAGGUGACAAACGAUUCCAGUGUAGAAUUCAAUUAUCAUAUGUCAUGAUUGAAUGAAGUCGACUUUCAACCUAAUUAUCCAUUUGAUCAAUGUAGAAAAUCCUUGUACCGAGAAGCCCAUCGAUACAAGGUGUCUGGCGGAUCAAGAUAAUCGCUGAGGUGAGGACACGAUGUUCGUGGUCCUUGGCUUGAGGGGAGGAUUGUUAUGGGACAAUCCAAGUACCACAUCGGUUAUACAAGGGAAGGAACCCUUGUAUAUUAGUGUCCACCAAUCGCAUUAGUACGAGGCCUUUUGGGGAGGACACCCAAGAGUAAAACCGUGCGGGCUCUGUCCAAAGCGGACAAUAUCGUACUAAUGGGCUGCCCAGUUAUGACAACCGGGAUCAAUUAUAAUGUCGGAAAAUAAGAAUUGUGAUUUCAUCAACCGUUGGAAGGUCAUAUUCAUGAUUAUCUUAUCUUCGACUUACGAAAAGUUUUCAACCAGCUCGUAAGUUGUACAUGGUAUUUCAUUUGUUUUUUUUAAUACAUCUAAAUGUUUAAGCAAAAUAUUGCAAAGCAUAUUGCAUAUAACAUUUUUUUUCCCGACUAGGUGACAAACUAUUCCAGUGUAGAAUUCAAUUAUCAUAUGUCAUGAUUGAAUGAAGUCGACUUUCAACCUAAUUAUCCAUUUGAUCAAUGUAUAAUACAACAAACUGAGAAUUUGUAUGUUUCCAAUGUAGUUGAUUGUCCAAUCGAUGAUGAAUUCAUCCCCAAAUUAAAAGUAAACAUAACUUGUAAUCACCGUUCAAACUUUAACAAUCUUACUACCAUAGGAUUAAACUCAAAGAUACCAUUACAUAUCGUAAUACACUCUAAAAAAUGCUUUGUAAUUUCACUAUUCCACUCUAAUAACAUCUUAAGGAAUUAAUGAGUAUGUCGAGUGGCCGAGAGUGAAACUUUCCUUUGUUUACAACAAAUUGAAGCUUUCGGAGUGGUAUAAUUCUUUGUUUGGAUGUACAUUUCAUUUUUUACAUAACAACAACACAUCAAUGUCAUUCACUUGAUGGAGGUCCAAGAUUGACAGAUAGACAUGUUUGGUAACUAAGCACCGAAGUGCAAAAAUUUGUGACCGUUUAUACUAAGUACAAUUUGCACAAGUGUGGUGAGGUCACGAUCACUUUAGAGGACGUUGUGACACUGUCUGGUCUAGCGAUCGACGAUGAUGCUGUCAUAAUAGACAUACCAGAUGAGAAGUGGUCGGAUAUCUGUGUGAGACUGUUAGAACGGGUUCCUGAUGAUCUUUCCGACCGUUUUGUAUAAAGUACAAAGAUUUGUGACCGUUUAUACUAAUUACCUUAAGUAUGAUAGCACCAUUAUUGAUAGCUAUAAAGCUUGCCUGCUUGCCAAGGACUAUACUCAAGCAGAGUACUAGUGGACAACCAGAUUUAUCUGCUUUAUUAUUUUAUUUGAGAUUAAUCUAGUUCUUUGUUUUAUUUUACACAAUUGAUUGUACCCACUCAUCUAGUCUCUUUCUAAAAUUUAUCGACAUUCGAGGUAAUUUGGUUAUACCUUCCUUACUCCUUUGUUUAGUCAAUGAGGACAUUGUCCAUUUUAAAGUAUGGGCUGAGGAAAGGGAUUAGAAGAAGCUUUUCUGGUCACAUAAGAGCUACAUCCAGAGAUAUUGUCCAGGUUUGGCAUGUCUUCAGAAAAAUCCUCAGAUACUCCAUGUGUUUCAACAAAACAACUAUCUCAGAGUAUACACCACAAUUUAAACCUGCGAAGGAGUACAUGUCUAAAGUCCCGUACUGUAGUGCAAUAGGUAGUUUGAUGUACGCUAUGGGCUUCACUAGGCUCGAUCUUGCACAUGUUGUUAAGUGUUGUCAACAUGUUCAUGGUGAAACCUGGGAAGGACCAUUGGCAGGCUGUGAAGAGGAUUUUCCAUUACCUAAAGGGUAUGAAGGAUCUGGGAAUAAGUUUUGGAAGCGAUACAUAGUGCUUAGUUGCAGGAUAUUCAGAUUAUGAUUAUGCUGGAGAUGUUAACACCAUGAAAUCUAUGGAUGGUUAUGUAUUCACUCUUGGAGGUUCUGUAGUUAGUUGAAAGCCGAUUCUACAUAUAUGGUUACUUUGUCUACCACAGAGGUGGAGUACAUGGCACUAGCAAAAGCUACAUGGUAGGAAAUAUGGUUGAAUGGGAUGGUUAGUGAUCAGGGUCUAUAUCAUGAUAAAGCAGUGUUGUAUAGUGACAAUUUGUGUGCAAUAUGCUUGGUCAAAGAUCAAGUCCAUCAUGAGAAGGCUAAGCACAUCGAUGUGAGGUUUUAUUUUUGAGAACAGAUAAGAUGAUUAAGGAGAUGAAAGUGGGGAUCACGAAAAAUCCUGUUGACAUGUUCAUGAAGCCGGUUCCACAUUGCAAGUUCCAACAUUGCUUGGACUUGCUAAAUGUCCUAAGUGGAUGAAUCCACACUAAGGGCACUGAGGCAAAUGAGAGAGAAUGACCAGAUUACAUAAGAGAUUCAGGUGGAGGAUUCAAGUCAAGGUGAAGAUUUUUUAAUAUGACUUGAACUGGAUGAUCUGGCGUCCACUGGAAGUCAUGGGAAAGUUUGCUCUCUCACGCUCGUUGCCUUUUUCUUGUUAUUGUCGAUUGCCUCAAUCCAUGCGCGUCACACAUCAUGUGGCUGCGAUAUGUGACAAGGUUGACUGAAAUCAGGGAAGACAUUAUGAUAGAUUUCAAGAGGAGGGUUGACAAAGAAUCUAUGUAGCGGAGGGAAGAAAUGCUAGAAAAGCACCCGAUAUUUAGGAGGCUCAAGUUGUCUUUCGGUAUUCAACAUGAAUAAGAAGCUCUACAAGGAACGCACCUUUGAGUUUCUUCUAGCCUUCCAAUAGCAAGAAGUACUACAAGGGACUCCUUGAUUGUGGACAUUUAGACUCUUAAGUUAAGUAUGAUUAAAAAAAUCUAAAUUCAGUUUCUUUUUGAAAAUAUAAUACACUUAAAGGUGUGGUGUAGCAGUUGCUCUAGGAUAGGGUGUUGGUUAUGCAUAAAUGCAUAAAUAGAUCUAGGCCUUUGGUUUUAAAUGAGAUCAGAUUUAAGAGAUGAUAAUGAAAUCUUUUUAUUUUCACAAUUUUAAUUGGCUUUUAUUUUCUUUGUUUUUAACUUGGAUCUGAAAAAAAAUUCAAAAAUGGAACGGGUUCGUUGUAAUCUACAAAAUUAUAUCAAUUUUUAAUAUAUUUUAAGAAAAAAAUUAAUACACACAUACCACUCGUCACCAUCCUGGUACCAUUUGUAAUCACUUGGUACCACCUUCGCUUUUAACUCGAAUUAAAAAAAAAUUGUAAAUAAUUAACGAGUUCAUCAUGAUCUAUUAUAUCUACAAAUUUCAUUAUUUCUUUUUCAAGAACAAAUAUACCACCCUGGUAUAGAGUGGUAACUAGUAACUACGAUGAUGAAAGGCGGUUAAUAUAUUCCUACCAUCUUGCAUGCAACUAUUCUACAAUAUGCUAUGUUCAUAACACCAUGAUACACUUCCAUACCACGUGGUAUAAUCUUAUGUACUACCAAGCAUUACCACAUGGUAUGUACGAUUAAUAUAUUCCUAUAAUCAAUAUGCAACUAUUCUACACUUUGUUAUGUUCAUACCACUAUGAUACACUUUCAUACCACAUGGUAUAAUCUUAUCUACUACCAGUCAUUACCACAAGAUAUGGACUGGUAAUACAUAUCUCAAACUUUUUGGCCCAAAAUAUACUAGAGUGUAUUUCAUUUUGAAGAGCACAAUUAAUCUGAUUUAUUUAUGUAAAAAAUGAAAAUAUGACUUAAAAAGAAAGGUGUGUAGCCCGUUAGAAUUCAUUGAGGGAAAGUUAGUUACUUUCAAUAAGUGAUAAGUUUAGGGUUAUGCAUGAUUACUGACCAUAAGGCUAUUGAUCGGAUAUUCUCCUGUAGCAGUUUUUACUCACGUCUAGCGCAAAUGGCCAGCAUUAAAGUGAGAGCGGUGUGUGUGAGGGACCCAACUAACAUUUGAUUAAACCUGACUAGUGAUGAAAAAAUAACCAUACCCAUGACUACUCAUCUGAAUCCAACCUAACCUGGUAGGAUAAAACUCAAAUUCAAAUGAUUUUUAAUGGGUAUGGGAAGAAUCCUGUAUUUGUUUUAAACUAACUUUCUUCCUUCCAGUAAUUUAUUGUUGUAUUUUUCACUUUCUGCAAUGUCAGUAUAUAUAUAAUUGUUAACAUGUUGGUUGAAACAAGAAUCUCCGAGCAAUGGAUCGUGUCACUGUGAGUUCAAAGUUGGAAGCAUAUAUAUGUUUGCUAGUGCUUUCAUUAUUGACGAAAUGAUUGCUUGUUCGGCCAUGGCUAGUUGAUUAUGUCAAGUUAAAGUACGUUGAGAACAUGUAUUACCUACAUUAGGCGUCGGCUUUCCUACAAGAACUUCAGGGGGAAAAUGCAAAUGCAUAUAGCGGGAGAUCGAAGAGAUGAAAAUGAAACGAACGUCACGUUGGAUGUUGAAUUUAUGAGAUGGUGGAAGGGAGAAGGACAUGGCGUAAUGUGGUAGCUGAAGGAAACGGAUCGAGGAAGGGGAAAGGUUUUAAUAUGCGUCAGUUUUGUGGGUACAAUGCUGCCGUCCUUUCUCGUGGCGGUAUUGUUGGCGGGUGGAUCGUAAUCGUACGCAUAUUUGCGUCCUCUUCAUGCACAUCAAUAUUUUGCCCAAUUGUUUGCAUGCACAUAGAUAUUGAUAUCAAUCAAUCGUGGAUUCUUUUUUUUUUUUCCUUUGUUAAAAGUUAAAUAAGCGAUAAAAGUACGAAUCAUCGGUUGGACCGGUAGAACCACUAAUUCACUUACAAUAGCACAGUUGAUCUAUGUGCUCUGACGGGUUAGAGAUGGACAGAGCGAGCAGUUUUAACGGUUUAACAUGAAAUCAGGUGAACCACCUCAAUUUGAUUGAUUAACUGGUUCUAUAGUUUAAACCAUAAAACAUUAGGGGAAAAAAAAAAUACUUUGAGGGUAAACUAAAGGACCCUCCAACUUUAAUUAUUAAUUUUAUUUGUACUUUCUUUUUUUCUUUCUCGACUUUCGAGUCGGUUUUACAUGAUUCACUACAGAUUUUCAUUUUAAUUACUAACUUAAAUUUAAUAUAAAAAAAUUGUAAUUUCUUUUAUGGAAUUCAUGGAUCACUCCGUAACAUCUAUAGUGACGAAUUAACGAAAUAGAUCGUACUGGAUGUCAUGGUCUGUAAGACUGUAACAUCUAUAGUGACGAAUCACGAAUUAAAAGAAAAUAUUACAGACACCGUGACUUCCAAUCAAUAAUAAAUAGUAUAUCUUUUA